AUGACCAGCCUCACUCGUGCGUUCACCAAGCGCCACAAGCGUCCCGAGGUGUCGGCACCUAUGCCCUACCGCGAGGGUCAGGUCAAGUUCUCGUCGGGCACGAUCAAACGGGGAAAGAUCUCGGGUCCUGUGCAAUUGGUUUCGACUACCAACAUGCUGGCUUAUAAUGCGCCCGACCUGGGUUCUGCGACAUCAUCUUCAUCCUCGUCCAUACGAUCGCCGGACGACUCGGAGAUGUCGUUUUCCCAGCACAGUUUCGGAACGCCCAUCACUUCGCCGGACGACUCUUCCCGUGAUGUUUCGCCUAUCGAACCGAGCCAAGCAUCAUAUUUCCCCAAGCAACAGUUCAUGCCCAAGAGAUCGGCGACAACAACCAGUCAUACUCGAUCAUCCACUUCGACUACGUCUUCUACAGAUGCACCAAUGGUCCCAAGACGGGCGCUGUCGCAUACCAAACGAUCGCAUCAGGAAUUGGCCCGGCAGCGCUCGCUAUCGAGGCUGGAUCCUCCGCCGCUGAAUGUCUCCCGCGCCCCUUCAGUUCGUCAAGCACCUGAUCCCUCCUUCAAAACGGAAGCGCAUCCAUUUGGCAAGGAGCUCGAGCAGGUGAAUGAGGUGGCCGAAGAGUUUGGUGGCACCACCCGCCGAUUCGACGAAGAAGAAGCCGUUCUCUUCAGCAAGGGCCUCAUGAAAUUCACCGUAGACGAUUAUCUCGUCGAGGUGAAUGAUCUGUACGGAAGCAUCUUCGACGACCAGCUGGGGCCAAUCAGUGCUAGUCAAUGGCUGUGA